UUCGUCCGUGCAUCGAUGAGGUGGGGGACGGCGCUUGGCUGGCCUCUUCGUGCUCCCAUUCGCCCCCUUUCCUCUCGAUCUCCUCUCCUCUCACCACCGACGCUCCUCUUCCUCGAUCUGCCGCCAUUCUUCAAGUGGCCUUCCCCUUUCUCCUCCUCUACGCCGCCGUUGCCCGUUCUCCUUCUCCCGCAUCUCCUCCCCGUCGUCAGGCGCGCUGUGCCGCCAUCCUUCCUCCUCCCCAUCGGGGCCAGGCAGAGGAGGAGGAGCGUGGUGCGCGGACACGACGAGGAGGCAGCCGGCGUCAGCGCGCGCCGCCCGGCCAAGGUCUUUUCCUGCAUGCGCGACCUCCUCGCCAAGCCCUUCCCAUACGCGCGGGUCCUCGGCUCCUCGCUGCCUGGCUCUACCUCUACUGCGACCUCGUCCAAGACGCCCGCGGCGCCGCCGCCGUCCGCGCCGACGACGGCCAGAUCCAACACCGUUGAGGAGACCGUCGCCAUGGUGCUCCACUAUGCCUCGGGGAUCGACCAACCCCACGACGCCGCCGCCGUCUCCUUCGUCCAGCCGGCACGCCGCCGCCGUCGUCUUCGCGUGCACACGACAGGAGGUGUGCGACCCUCCUCUCUCGCGCACUGCGGCUGCUUCGCCCCGCCAUCGUUCCUCGGGUGUGGUCGCGCCUGUCUUCCUACCGCGUCGUCGCUCCUCCUCCAGGCCGCCGACGGCACCCGUCCUCCUCCCUCAUCCUCUCCAGGUGGCUGGGACGCUUUACGGUUUGAUCUCAAUGAGGUCGCCAUCAAGCUCAGUCAGAACACCUCGCACGGCAGGACGCCACACCGCUCCUCGAUGGCCGCCACAAGUGCGUCCGCCGUCAUCAAAUCGCCACCAUCUCCGGCGACCGUCGCCAUCAGCACGUGCCCACGGUAGUGCGCCUCCUGCACAUCCAUGGACGGCGUCCACGCGAGACAGGGCUCUCCCCGCCGCCACACCUCAUGCGGAAAUUGUCGCCCAAGCAAGCUGCGGCUCGGGCCACCGGCGGCGACAGGUGGAGGAGGCGCAACUUGGUGGCCACCGGCGAUGGGAGGAGGAGGCGUGACGGUAGGUGGAUAGGCGCCGAGGCUGCCGCCGUCGCCGUCGACGGAACUAUCCGUCACGCUGGCGUCGCUCGAUGCGGGUUAGGGGAGUGGAAUGCGAUUUGGGCUUCGUUUGGGGAUUUUGUUUUUUUUUUUGCGGGUGUUCGUCGGGGAUUUUGACCGUGAGACGACCGAAUUUUCUAACUGUGGGCCCUCUACGCUGACAUGGCUGAUGUGGCUGACGCGGCGUACGCGAGCAAUACGCGCGUACGUAGCAUAGGACUGCUCGAGCGAGUUCAGGGAUCGUAUUGCCUUCGUAUUUCUCAACUUUAGGGAGCGUAUUAGAUCAGCUUCAGAGUCUAGGGACUGUUUUGAACCUUGCCAGCAAGUUCAGGGAUGGUUGAUGCAUUUUACUCGUUUGGAAUUGCUGCGCUUAGCACGCGAUUGAGGUUGACUACCUUAGAUGCACGCACGCAGCGAGUCGUGCGUCGGCGCUGAAACAGAAUAGGCUUUUUUUUAGACAAAACAGUAUAGACGAUUGGCUUUUUUUUUGAGAAGAAUAGACGAUUGGCUAGUCGGCUUCUACUAAACUGGCCGUGUUAAUCUCCAAUAUUAGGCUGCCCAACUAGUAAUGGGCUGUAUUUUUUUGAGCAAAUGAGUAAUGGGCUGUGUAUACUCCAAUAUGUUCUGAUGGAGAAAAGUACAAUUUUCCCCCUCAAAUCCUCUCUAAUGGAUCAAUAUCCCCCCUCAAC